UCUUACUACUUACUUUCAUCUAUAUUAUCUAUAUCUAUAUAUCUAUACACAUAUAUAUAUAAAAUAAAACAAUUAUUUGUCAAAGCGAACAGUCUUCUCUACCUAAUUCAACAACUCUUGCGUCAUCGGUCAUUGUUUGCAGGUGCAGUCUUUGCUAUUAAGGUUAUCUUGUGAAGUGUAGAGAGCUGAGAAACUAAUUAAGAACCAAGGAUGGGGGAGACAGAUGAUAUAAUGGAAGCCGUGAAGAAAGAAGCAGUCGAUUUAGAAACAAUUCCAAUUGAGGAAGUUUUCGAAAGUUUGAGGUGUUCCAAAGAUGGGCUUACAUCAGAAGAUGCUGCAAAAAGAUUGGAGAUUUUCGGUUACAACAAGCUUGAAGAGAAGAAGGAAAGCAAGUUUUUGAAGUUCUUAGGGUUUAUGUGGAACCCCCUAUCAUGGGUUAUGGAAGUUGCUGCGAUUAUGGCUAUCGCACUUGCUAACGGAGGAGGUAAACCACCUGAUUGGCAGGAUUUUGUUGGGAUCAUCACACUGCUUCUCAUCAAUUCAACAAUAAGCUUUAUAGAGGAGAACAAUGCUGGUAAUGCAGCAGCAGCUCUUAUGGCACAUCUUGCGCCCAAAGCGAAGGUGCUUCGCGAUGGAAAAUGGAAUGAGGAAGAUGCAGCCAUUCUUGUUCCAGGUGAUAUAAUCAGUAUUAAACUCGGAGAUAUUAUUGCAGCAGAUGCUCGACUUCUUGAGGGUGAUCCAUUAAAGAUAGACCAGUCUGCACUCACUGGAGAGUCCCUUCCCGUGACAAAGCAAUCCGGGGAUGGAGUUUAUUCAGGCUCUACAUGCAAACAGGGGGAGAUUGAAGCAGUGGUCAUUGCCACAGGUGUGCAUACCUUCUUUGGAAAGGCUGCACAUCUUGUAGACUCCACAAACCAAGUUGGUCAUUUUCAGAAGGUUCUGACAGCAAUUGGGAACUUUUGUAUAUGUUCAAUUGCGGUAGGAAUGAUAGUGGAAAUCAUUGUGAUGUAUCCAAUUCAAGGGCGUAAAUAUCGUCCUGGAAUUGACAAUUUGCUAGUCCUUCUCAUCGGUGGAAUUCCUAUUGCAAUGCCAACAGUUUUAUCUGUCACAAUGGCAAUUGGUUCCCAUCGCUUAUCUCAGCAGGGGGCUAUCACAAAAAGAAUGACAGCAAUAGAGGAAAUGGCAGGUAUGGAUGUUCUUUGCAGUGAUAAAACUGGGACUCUGACUCUGAACAAGCUUUCUGUUGACAAAAAUCUCAUAGAGAUAUUUGCAAAAGGAGUGGAUGCUGAUAUGGUGGUGUUGAUGGCUGCAAGAGCCUCUCGGUUGGAAAACCAAGACGCAAUAGAUGCUGCUAUAGUAGGCAUGUUGGCUGACCCAAAAGAGGCAAGAGCUGGAAUUCGGGAGAUCCAUUUCCUUCCAUUUAACCCAACUGAUAAGCGGACAGCAUUGACAUAUAUUGAUGGUGAAAAUAAAAUGCAUCGUGUCAGUAAGGGCGCCCCUGAACAGAUUUUGAAUCUUGCACAUAAUAAAUCAGACAUUGAGCGUAGGGUUCAUCUUGUGAUAGAUAAAUUUGCUGAACGUGGUUUACGAUCCCUUGCUGUAGCAUACCAGGAAGUCCCUACAGGAAAGAAGGAGGACCCAGGAGGUCCAUGGGAAUUUGUUGGCCUCAUGCCUCUCUUUGACCCACCGAGGCAUGAUAGUGCAGAGACGAUCAGAAGGGCACUGAAUCUUGGAGUAAGCGUAAAAAUGAUCACAGGUGAUCAACUAGCAAUAGGAAAAGAAACUGGACGCCGUCUUGGAAUGGGGACCAACAUGUAUCCGUCAUCUGCAUUACUGGGACAGAAUAAAGACGAAUCGAUCAUUGCUUUGCCCGUUGAUGAGUUGAUUGAAAAGGCUGAUGGAUUUGCUGGUGUCUUUCCUGAGCAUAAAUAUGAGAUUGUAAAGCGGUUGCAAGCAAGAAAGCAUAUAUGUGGUAUGACUGGUGAUGGAGUGAAUGACGCACCUGCACUUAAGAAAGCAGACAUCGGUAUAGCGGUUGCAGAUGCAACUGAUGCUGCUCGUAGCGCAUCCGAUAUAGUACUGACAGAACCUGGUCUUAGUGUUAUUAUCAGUGCUGUGCUAACUAGCCGAGCAAUCUUUCAAAGGAUGAAAAACUACACUAUUUAUGCAGUUUCCAUUACUAUUCGUAUAGUGCUUGGUUUCAUGCUACUAGCUCUCAUAUGGAAGUUUGAUUUUCCGCCCUUCAUGGUGCUGAUCAUUGCGAUUCUUAAUGAUGGUACCAUUAUGACAAUAUCCAAGGAUAGAGUGAAGCCAUCUCCUCAACCAGACAGCUGGAAAUUGUCAGAGAUUUUUGCUACAGGGAUCAUUCUUGGUAGCUACUUGGCUAUGAUGACUGUCAUUUUCUUCUAUGUAGCAUAUGAUACCGACUUUUUCCCACGUGUCUUUAGCGUUUCAAGCCUACAGAAAGGUGCACGUGAUGACUUUAGAAAGCUAGCCUCAGCAAUAUAUCUACAAGUUAGUACCAUCAGUCAAGCCCUCAUAUUCGUUACACGAUCUAGAAGUUGGUCUUAUAAAGAACGCCCAGGAGCUCUACUUUUUGGGGCUUUUUUGGGUGCUCAAUUGAUUGCAACUUUGAUUGCCGUUUAUGCAAACUGGAGUUUUGCUGCAAUUGAAGGGAUUGGAUGGGGAUGGGCUGGAGUUAUAUGGCUUUAUAACAUUAUAUUCUACAUCCCACUGGAUUUCAUCAAGUUCUUUAUCAGAUACGCAAUAAGUGGUAGAGCUUGGGAUCUUGUCAUUGAUCAAAGGGUUGCUUUUACCAGGAAAAGGAACUUUGGAAAGGAAGACCGUGAGCUUAAAUGGGCUGCGGCACAGAGGACACUUCAUGGAUUGGAUCCACCAGAGAUUCAACAUGUUGAACGAAACAAUUACAAUGAACUCAAUCAAAUGGCUGAAGAUGCAAAACGCCGAGCUGAGAUGACAAGGCUCCGAGAGUUGCUUACGCUGAAAGGCCACGUGGAAUCAGUUGUGAAAAUGAAGAAUAUCGACAUAGAUACCAUUCAACAAUCGUACACCGUUUGAGAAGCACAUCAUACACAAUGCUUCAUACUACUAUUUGAACACAUAUGUAUGUAGUAUGCACCUGUCCAAGUGCCUAGAGGAGUAGCAUCUUCAAUAUUCGAGUGUUGUCAUUGUGAGUAGCCCACGUAGAAUAGAAUGUGUUUAUAGAUUAUCCCCUUCAAUUCCCCAAGAUAGAAAACCAAGAAACUGUCUUAAUGCAUUUGUCAUGAUCAACAUCAAUUUCCAAGGAUAGAAACAUGUGUAUCAUUUCCAGUUUUAUAUCAUAUCCUUAAUUUCUGCAA